AGCUGGUCACAACUGCGAUAGACUUGAGGCAUCAGUUAUCGAUAACUAAACGUACCAAUCGACGCCGUGAUAGAAAGACAUAAAAACUGAGCUAGGCUGAUAUUUGGUUUGUCCUAUUAAAUAAAACGAAUUGUGGACUGCAAUUUAAGAAUCUGCCGAAUCCACAUUUUAUUUUUUGCUGAGCAGUUUUGAAAUAGCAGCAUAGCAUGUUCAUAUGUAUGUGUGCAUACGUCUAAAUGGAAGAGCAUGGUACCAGCUUGAAUGAAGUGAAAAAUUCGGAUUCUGAUUUGUACGACCGUACGGAAAGUGAUGCAACGCAUCCUGCCUUACGCACAGAUCGUCGGCAUCAGGUUGAGUUAGUGCAGUGCCUUAGCUGCCGCCUGCAAUUCCAGUGCCAUUCAUUUAGUGAUAUUUGUGCCCAUUACACAUACUACGAGCAUCGACAGGAGGACGCAGCGAGUUGUUUGUAUUGCCAAGGUAGUGUGCAUUUUUUCCUGAGGCGCCAGAAGGGCCAACCCGAACCCUAUCAUUACUGUUCGCCCAGAAAGCAACCGCAAAAUGGACGUCGUAGACCUUAAACAAGAAUUCCAUGACUACAAUCAACACUCGGACGAAUCAGAGGAGUCAGAGUAUUCCGAUAAUGAAGCUGCAGCUGGAAUCAGUGGUGAAGAUGGUGCCGAAUUCGAUUCGGAAGGUGUUGUCACCUUGAACUUUAAUGUGAGUGAUGUUACUGGAAUGCCAGAAGCUAGAAUUAAACACCUAAAGGAAGAAUCCGAUGACCAAAAAGAUCAGCGCCUGUCUUCUUCUGGGCAGUCUCAAUCCUUGUCUCAAAAAAAUGGUCAUCCGAACUAUGGAUUUGGCAAACGUUGGUCCAAAUCGGAAGAUGUUCUACUUAAAACCCUGGUGGACAAACAUGGCGAGCGAUGGGACAUCAUUGGGCCUUAUUUUAAGGAUAGGCUUGAACAACAAGUGCAUCAGCGUUGGGCGAAAGUGCUCAAUCCGGAGCUCAUCAAGGGACCGUGGACGCGCGACGAGGACGAAAAGGUUAUUGAGCUUGUACGUCGAUUUGGCCCCAAGAAAUGGACUCUGAUUGCUCGCUACCUGAAUGGUCGGAUUGGUAAGCAGUGUAGAGAACGAUGGCACAACCAUCUCAAUCCCAACAUCAAGAAGACUGCCUGGACGGAAGAGGAAGAUAAAACCAUCUACCAUGCCCACAUCCAACUGGGCAAUCAGUGGGCCAAAA